CCACCACCUCUUCGCACACCUCUCGCGCCGCAGAGCAGCUGCCCCCUCGGCCCGUAGAUCAAUGCAGCUCGGCGGGCAGGCCUGCUCGAGCGGCUCGCAGCGCCGCUGAUCGCACGAUGGCGCGCAUCGCCAGCGCGCCCGCCUCGAGCGCCUCGCCAGCGGCGUGUCUCGAGUGCCGCCUGAACAAGGUCAAGUGUCGCAGAUCCACAGCCGACGCAGCACAACCGUGCCAGCGCUGCGAGACGCACAGCUUCGAAUGCCGCUUCGAAGCGCCCCGCAAGCGCGGACGCAAGGCAGUCAGCAAGCUGGCCGCAGCGCCGGGCCCGACAGCGACGACGAGCGCCUCGACAGCGCCGUCUGCCUCUCCGCAUGCUACGAGCCCCUUUUCCGAGCAUGCCACUCAGACGACGGCGCCGCUUGGCGCCGAGGCGCCGGCUAUGCUGCGCGACGCUCUGCUGCGGCAGCACGUCUGGCACACGCUCAUGGCCGCGCCGCGCACCUCGACGUACACGUUUGUGUCCUCUGGCGACGCCGAUGUGUCUGACCUGCACUCUGCCGGGGCCGCGCGAUCACGCUCCGGGCAGCCUGGUGGCGUGACGCUCCGCCAGCUGCUGCACAGCCCCGAGGCGGGCGCACAGCCCAGCGGCCGCGAUCGCACCCUCGCGGGCCUGCCCGCCAUGAUCGACCUGCUGGCACCACGAGACCCCCGCCUGGCCUGUACGAUUGCCGAUGCUCAGGUCGACGAGCUGCUCGCGUACUUCGACGAGCACCUGAAGCCUUGGCUCGGCGUCAUGGACGGUGAAGGCUGGGCACUGCCGGACCUGGCGUCCAGGCCCUUUCUGCUGUGCACGGUGCUCUACGUCGCGGCACGCUACCGUCCGUCGCUCGCUUUCUCAGACUGGAAAGCCAGGCUCGCGGCGCACACCCGCACGCUGGCGGUGCUCGCGUUCGCAGAGGCGCAGUGCUCCCUCGAUGUCGUCCUUGCGUUCCUGCUUCUGACCGUCUGGAAGUCGCCGGACGACGACUUCUCCGAGCUGUAUCUGGGCUACGCCGAUCGUAUCGCGGCGCUGCACGGCGGUGUCACUUUUGCCUCUGCCAAGCGUGGCGAUGCAUUGCACGCGCAGGCGAGCAGACGCGACGAGAGGAUCCUGCUCUUCAAUCAUGUGCAGCAGAACGUCUACGUCUUGCAUCACUGCCCGCCGGGGCGCCAGGCCGGCGUCGGCGAUGCUGCUCUGGGCCUGCACCUCUCUGCCUGGGCACGCAGCCCAGAUGUCCAGGCGUGCGACUGGUUUCUCGCCUGCGAUGCGGCCAGCACGGAGCUGCAACUGCGGUACCGCACGGCGCUGGACCAGCUGGAGCGCUCCGACACGCACCUCGGCUCUGCCGCCCAGACGUCGCUGCUCGCGCGCUUCGUCGGAGACCUCGAGGCGUGGGAGGCGCAGUGGACGUUCGAGUCUCGGCUCGCGUCGUGGCAGAGCCACGCCGCCGCGAACUGCCGCACAGUUGGGCUGUUCCUCUUUCGCAACAGCGUCAAGAUGCAGGUGUGCGCCGUCGCGCUGAAGAGUGCACUGCGAGCCGCGCUCCAGGCGGCAGCCGUCGACAACAACAAGCGCGUCUCGCUGGCCUCUGCCGAUGCCGUGGAGCGCACCUUCCGCCUCUGCCUCGACGGCGCGCUCGGCGUCCUCGCGCAGAUGCCGCUACUCUCGGCCACCGAGCUGGCGCACAUUCCAGACUCGCUCGUCGUCCUGGCUGCGCAUGCCGCGCUGCUCGUCAUCUACCUGCACCUCUUGCCUGCAGCGCUCGCGGAUGCCGGCUACGAGGGAUUGACGUUCGCUUCGAUCUCCAACCUGGCCGCGCCGCAGAGCAUGGGCAGCAUUCGCGCCGCCGCGGCCGCCAUGAGCGCGGCCGCCUCUGCGCUGCCGGCCUCGGCUGCCGAGAACGCGGUGCAUCUGAGUGCCCGCUACCUCGACGCGCUGUGCCGCCUCGUGGAGCCGACGCGCGAGGCAAGCGCCGCAGACGCGCUCGUCGCCAUUGGCGAGCAGACGCUGCUCGACGGCGACAUGGCCACGGACGAGCUCGGCUGGGACUGGCUGCAGGCGUUCCUGGCUGCUCCGGGCGCCGGCUUCGCGGCAUGAUGUACAUUAUCCUCCCACUUCUCCGUCAAUCGAUCCUCAAGCAGAGUCGUGCAG